CAGGUGGCGCUGCUGGGGGCCUUCUCACGUUGAUGCCCGGCCUGCCUCCAGCAGAGAGCAGUGCGUGGUUGGAUGUGAGCGUCACCGACCUGUCUCUACUUCCAGAUCGAAGAUGGCGGUCUCGGUGUUCCCCGGUGUGCGGCUCCUCUCCAUUGGAGACGUGAAUGGAGACAUACAGCGACAUUCAGAGCAGCAGCCCCUGCGGCUAGAAGUCAAGAGCACUCACGAUGCUGCUCUCAUCAAUCUCUCCAAUGGAGAGGAGGCGAGUGUGUUCAAGUGUUCGGUUUCCAGGGAGACGGAGUGCAGCCGCGUGGGGAAGCAGUCAUUCAUCAUCACACUGGGCUGCAACAGCGUCCUGCUGCAGUUCUCCUCACCUGCAGACUUUCAGUCCUUUUAUAACCUCCUGAAGAACAGUCGUGGGCACGUCAAUGAGCGCUCAGUCUUCAGUGACAGAACAGAGGACUCCUCUGCUGUACAGUACUUCCAGGUGAGAGGCUCCCAAGAAGUACAUACAGCAGACUGACACAUGAGAAUGAUUCGUUUUUGUCAUUUAAUGACAAACCUUAAUAAUUACCCCCAUGUUGGCGUUGUUCUUUAUUAGGAGAAAUUCUUUUUAAAAUUCUUUAAAAUACAUUUUUUUAUUUAAAAGGUGUCCCUAAUUCAGUUCCAUGAAGCAUUGGAGAUGUCUAGCUGGAACACAACUCUUGCACAGUGUACAGAUGUUCUCCUAAUUAGAACCCCAAAUGAAGAAAGAGACACUGCCACUCAAAAGUUUGGGGUCACCCGUAGGGCUGGGCGGUAUGACCAAAAAUGCAUAUCACGGUAUUUUGUAAGAUUCUGGCGGUUUCACGGUAUAUUUCACGGUAUUUUUUUAUUUCCGCGUUAAAGCAUUAAUUUAUUAAAGCCGAAAAUAAAUGGCCGGCCAGCGAGCGGUGAACAGCUGUUUGUGUGGCGUGUCUUCCGUUCCGUCACUUCCUGUUUCCUUCACCUACAUUCCCCUGGGUCCUAAGUCCCUCCAUGGAAAGAAACAGGAUUAGACCGUAGGAUUUAGUUGUGAGUAGGUGUGGUUUAGGUUUAUUUCUUUAGUUAUUUAUAUAUAUAUUAGUGCUGGGCAAGUUAACGCCUUAUUAUCGCGUUAACGCAUUCAU